AUGGUCAGUACCGCGUCCUUGCUUCCCGUUGACUAUGCAACUCUCGGCUCAUUUUCAUUCCCGCCCCGCCCUUCUCCUCCGCACCCAUACUCUUUACCUUCGUUCCCACUGUGCAGGCCGAAGUCAACCCCAAAGCUUUCCCCUUGGCCGAUGCCGCCCUCACCAACCAGAUCUUGGACUUGAUCCAGCAAGCCAGCCACUACAAGCAGGUCAGUUCGCAUACCCGCAGCGAAACGAGCGACGGCGCACAUCUCCCCCUACCAAGGCAUAGACAAUACUGACCACAAACAUGAAGGCCCACAGCUCAAGAAGGGAGCUAACGAAGCGACCAAGACCUUGAACCGCGGAAUCGCGCAAAUCAUCGUCAUGACCGCCGACACGGAGCCGAUCGAGAUCCUGUUGCAUCUCCCCCUCUUGUGCGAGGACAAGAACGUGCCUUACGUCUUUGUUCCCUCCAAGACGGCAUUGGGUCGCGCGUGCGGUGUCUCGAGGCCCGUCAUCGCUUGCUCCGUCACGACCAACGAAGCGAGGGAGUUGCAAGGCCAGAUCGAUACCAUCCGAGUCAGUCCGAGCGGGGCCCUCUGAAGCAUCUGUUGUCUGGUCAACCGAAUGCUAAACAUCCUCUUUCGUUCUUUGUCCACAGAACCAAAUUGAGCGUCUCCUCAUCUAA